CAGCCCCCUCCCCCUCUCCAGCCUCAGCUCCGGGGUCCAGCCCCCAGACCCUUACUCACCUGCCCGGCCGGGUCCCUCCGGACACCAUGAGCCAUCCGUCCACCACCGAAGCCGGGCCUUAGCGUCCCGGGGUCUGGGGCGGCCAUGGAGCCCACCUACUCCCUGACGGCCCACUACGACGAGUUCCAGGAGGUCAAGUACGUGAGCAAAUGCAACUCGGGGGGCGGCUCCUCCCUCCCCCACGGCUUCCCCCUGCCCCGCGGGGCGGGGGGCUCGGGUCGGGGCCGGGGCCGGGGUUCCCCCGGCUGGAACCGGCGGGAGCUCUGCCUGCUGUCGGGGCUGGUCUUCGCCGCGGGGCUGUGCGCCAUCCUGGGCUGCAUGCUGGCCCUCAAGUACCUGGGCCCGGGGCGGGCGGGAGCCGGGCCCGGGGCCUGUCCGGAGGGCUGCCCCGACCGCAAGGCCUCCGGCCGCGCCGCCCGCUUCCUGGCCGCCAACCUGGACGCCAGCAUCGACCCGUGCCGGGAUUUCUACUCCUUCGCCUGCGGGGGCUGGCUGCGGCGCCACGCCAUCCCCGAGGACAAGCUGACCUACGGCACCAUCGCCGCCAUCGGCGAGCAGAACGAGGAGCGGCUGAGGAGGCUCCUGGCCAGGCCCGGCGGCGGACCCGGGGGCGACGCUCAGCGCAAGGUCCGAGCCUUUUUCCGCUCCUGCCUGGACAUGGGCGAGAUCGAGCGGCUGGGGCCCCGGCCCAUGCUGGAGGUCAUCGACGACUGCGGGGGCUGGGACCUCCGAGGAGGAGGGCACGGAGGAGACCCACCGGGCCCGCGCUGGGACCUCAACCGCCUCCUCUACAAGGCGCAGGGCGUCUACAGCGCCGCCGCCCUCUUCUCCCUGGCCGUCAGCCUCGACGACAAGAACUCCUCCCGCUACGUCAUACGCAUCGAUCAGGACGGGUUGACGCUUCCAGAGAGGACCCUGUACCUUGCCCAGGAUGAGGAGAGUGAGAAGAUCCUGGCCGCCUACCGGGUGUUCAUGGAGAGGCUCCUGAGUCUGCUGGGGGCCGAAGCUGUGGAACAGAAGGCCCGGGAGAUCCUGCAGCUGGAACAGAGGCUAGCCAAUAUCACCGUGUCCGAGUACGAUGACCUGCGCAGGGACAUUAGCUCCAUGUACAACAAGGUGACGCUGGGGCAGCUGCAGCAGAUCACCCCCCAUCUACGGUGGAAGUGGCUGCUGGACCGGAUCUUCCAGGAGGACUUCUCGGAGGAGGAGGAGGUGGUGCUGCUGGCCACCGACUACAUGCAGCAGGUGUCUCAGCUCAUCCGCUCCACACCCCGCAGGAUCCUCCACAACUAUCUUGUGUGGCGAGUGGUGGUGGUGCUGAGUGAGCAUCUGUCCCCUCCGUUCCGCGCGGCGCUGCAUGAGCUGUCGAGAGAGAUGGAGGGCAGUGACAAGCCUCAGGAGCUGGCCCGGGUCUGCCUGGGCCAAGCCAACCGUCACUUCGGCAUGGCACUCGGGGCCCUGUUCGUGCACGAGCACUUCUCAGCUACCAGCAAGGCCAAGGUGCAGCAGUUGGUGGAGGACAUUAAAUAUAUCCUGGGCCAACGCUUGGACGAACUGGACUGGAUGGACGCAGAGACCAAGGCGGCCGCCCGGGCUAAGUUGCAGUACAUGAUGGUGAUGGUUGGUUACCCCGACUUUCUGCUCAAGCCCGAUGCCAUCGACAAGGAGUAUGAGUUCGAGGUCCAUGAGAAGACCUACUUCAAGAACAUCCUGAACAGCAUCCGCUUCAGCAUCCAGCUGUCCGUGAAGAAGAUCCGUCAGGAAGUGGACAAGUCCGCGUGGCUGCUCCCACCCCAGGCUCUCAAUGCCUAUUACCUGCCCAACAAGAACCAGAUGGUGUUCCCGGCCGGCAUCCUGCAGCCCACUCUGUACGAUCCUGACUUCCCACAAUCUCUGAACUACGGGGGCAUCGGCACCAUCAUCGGGCAUGAGCUGACCCAUGGCUAUGAUGAUUGGGGGGGCCAGUAUGACCGCUCAGGCAAUCUGCUACACUGGUGGACGGAGGCCUCCUACAGUCAGUUCCUGCGCAAGGCUGAGUGCAUCGUCAGCCUCUACGACAACUUUACCGUCUACAACCAGCGGGUCAAUGGGAAGCACACCCUUGGCGAGAACAUUGCUGACAUGGGGGGCCUCAAACUCGCCUACUACGCCUACCAGAAGUGGGUGCGGGAGCACGGCCCGGAACACCCCCUGCAUCGUCUCAAGUACACCCACGACCAGCUCUUCUUCAUUGCCUUUGCCCAGAACUGGUGCAUCAAGCGGCGAUCUCAGUCCAUAUACCUGCAGGUGCUAACGGACAAGCAUGCCCCUGAACACUACAGGGUGCUGGGCAGCGUGUCCCAGUUUGAGGAGUUUGGCCGGGCCUUCCACUGCCCCAAGAACUCCCCCAUGAACCCGGCUCACAAGUGCUCUGUGUGGUGAGCCCACAGCCCGCCCCUCUCCCUCCCCUCACCCCCCAGUAAGUGCACCUCCCUCUACUCCUUCAGGUGGGCAAUGGGGCAGGUGGGCCGGACGCUGCCCGGGCACCAAGGACCUUCGCUGGGCAAUGACUCCUGUUCAGGGGCUGGGAGGGGCCUUGGCACUCAGGGACACACACCUACACACCCAGACACACACACCCCCCUCUACCUGUGGCUGCCGCCGGAGAUUUCCUCUGCUCUAGACCCAUCCCUCUUACUCUAACAGCCGGUAGGGUCCCUGGCUGCCCCCGGGCCCUCACCCUCACCCUUGGGGAUGCAGCAGGGCACAAGGCCAGGGAAGGGAAAAGAGGUUGGGGUCCUUAGGCCUGACUGCCAUGUUUGCUGUCCUUUGGCUUCAGGUCAGAGGAUGUCGUGGCUGGAGGGGGAGAGGGGGUCAGCCCUCCAUCUUAGGGAGCGGGGGCAGAAAUGAGACGUGGGUCUAGGUAAAACAUUCGUCUGAGGGGGAGAGUGUGAAGGAGUUUCUAUUGUGGAGAACAGGGCCCAGCUGGGGCCUCGGGGGAACAAAGGACCAGGGCACCGGGGAAGUCAGGAAAGAAUAGAUUCGGGGGGAUCGGGCUUGUACAGAUGCUGCUGUCGCUGUGUUAUUGCUGCUGAAUUUGGUCAAUAAACCUGCUGUGACUGUCA